UCUCUCUAACCCUACCCCCGUGACCCCUCUCUAUACCUUUUCUCUCUCUAAAAAUUUCACUCUCUUUCCUCCAUUUUCCCUGGUUAUACAUUUUUUCUCUACUUUUUCGCCGCUGCUCUCUCUCUCUCUCAUUCAUAUAACAUUUUCUCUCUCUACAUUCUUCCCCCCUCUCCCUUCCCUCUUCUGCGCGAUCCAUCUCCUACCUAAUAAGCAUCCAUCUCACUUUCUCAGAAUCUGCAUGACUCAAUUUUUUUAGGCAAACCAUUAUUUUCAAGGACCGAGCUCUGAAUAAUAUGGGGGCAAGAAGUGCACUCACCUCCUCAUUCCUUCCUCAAAGAUCAUUUGUUCCCCAUACUUUCUCUUUCUCCUCUCUGUCUCCUCCCUUCUCGAAAUUGGGGUUUUGUGGAAACCUGUGGAAGUGUCUGAGAAUUCACAGUUUGGGGAGAGCUUCAAGCUCUGAGAAUUCAUGGAAUUCAUCCAAAACAGAAGAUGGGCAUCUGCUUCCUUCUCCUUCUUCUACCAUUGAUUUCCUCACAUUGUGCCAUCGCCUCAAGACCACCAAAAGAAAGGGAUGGAUCAACCAGGGUAUAAAGGGUCCAGAAUCUAUUGCUGAUCACAUGUACCGAAUGGCGUUAAUGGCUCUAAUUGCGAAGGAUAUGCCUGGUGUAAAUAGGGAGAGGUGUAUAAAGAUAGCCAUUGUACAUGACAUAGCAGAAGCUAUUGUUGGUGAUAUAACACCAUCAGAUGGUGUUCCAAAAAAAGAAAAGAGUAGGAUGGAACAAGAAGCUCUGAAUGAAAUGUGUAAAGUCCUUGGUGGAGGAUUAAGGGCUGAGGAGAUAAAAGAGCUUUGGGAGGAAUACGAAAACAAUUCUUCUAUUGAAGCUAAUCUUGUAAAAGAUUUUGACAAAGUGGAAAUGAUUCUGCAAGCUUUGGAGUAUGAAGCAGAACAUGGGAAGGUCUUGGAUGAAUUCUUCAUGUCUACAGAAGGGAAAUUCCAAACUGAAGUUGGCAAGGCUUGGGCCGCUGAGGUUACUGCUAGGAGAAAGAAAAUACUUGGAGACAGGCUUAUGUGAAUGUCCAAUUGUAAGGAGCCAUUCAUCCUCACUUCUCAGAAUCUGUGAUCUUGAAGAUUUUAUCUCUCUC